ACAACCCCACCGUCCUUCAGUCAAUAUUUUUCAUUACGAACCAUUCGAAUGUAGGUAUACACGCCAACUUCGAGCAAGUGCCAGCUUCGCACUGGUCCACAGUCGAGAUUGUGGAGCGUUUCUGGUUUGUUUGCUUGGUGUCGCUGGUUUUUGCAUAAAAUUACAUAAAAAUAUUCCAUAUUUACACCCAACAUCAUUUUUUUUUAAUUAAACCGUGGAACGAUCUUGUUUAGUUGACCUAUAUUCGAAAAAAUAGAAAUAAACCAUGUUAAUGUAUUUAAUUUAUUGUGUGACACUAUUAUUAAUUACAACAACAACUGCACGAUCUAGUUACUUGGGAAAUCUCAAGGUCAUUGAACCAUUAGAUGCCAAAGCUGGCGUUGUGAUAGAUACAGCACCUUCAGUCGUCUACCAUCAAAGCUAUUCACAGUUGAAUGGCAAAGUUGUAGUAACCCCAUCUAGAGGGUCUGGACGUUCGUAUAAUGCCCCUGCAGUUAUACCGGCUGUUAGAGAUUUUCAAACUGUAUCUGUGGGACAUGAAUAUGCGGCACCAUCUUAUGGACCAGUAUACCGGCCGGGCUUAUGAUGUUGAUUUUGUUUAAAAAUAAAAUAGAUGACUAAUAA